AUGCAUCGAAUAGUACAGAGGAGACGAGCCGGGCCACUCCGCUCCGUCUGGUCUCUGCUGGGAGCCGUGGCACUGGCACUCACCGCGUCUAGUGCUGUCUUCACUGUAUGGACAUGGAGACAGACCAGAGACCUGACCAGGUCCGUCCAAACUCUGCGCCACCGCCUGGAUCAGGUGAAUUUGCAGCGCAAGGCUAUUGUCCAGCUUUUUUUGGAGAAGAGGGAGCUGGAGGGCCAGCGAGUGAGGAGAUUCAGGAGAGAAGCGGUUGUGGGAAGAGGAAAAUCUGGAAAUGGAAAGAAAGUGGCCUCUCACUUUGAGAUAACCAAAGAUUCCUUUCAAACUGUGGGCAAUGAGGGAAUCAUUAAGGGAUGGACAGAGCAGCAACUCAAUAUGACGCAAGCCGUGCAUUACAAUAAAGAGACUGGCACUUUCAGAGUGGUUCGGCGGGGUGUCUACUUCCUUUACUGUCAAGUGCACUUCAAGGAGCAAAAGAGUCAGUAUGUGAAGCUGGAGGUGUCUGUCCCACAAGGUCCUUCACUGCAGUGCAUGGAAGGCUACAGCACCACUCCAACCACAGGAUUCCAGCAGUUUCACUUCCUUAAGCCUUGCCAAGUUUCUGGCCUGCUCCUCCUGGACAAGGGUGCUGAGCUGAAAGCUGUAACCGGACAACAGUUCACCCUACAGGACACAGGCAAACAUUACUUUGGCCUUUUUAAGAUUAACUAAAGGACCUGCAUCUUCAUUCAGCCUUAUUUACUAUAACGUGUUGGAGGGCUACAGCAUUUAGUACUUACUUGCUGGACACACUGUUGUUGCUGCUGUUGUUAACCAUGCAUCUAUUUUAAAAAACAUUGUUGACAGCGGCACUGGGACUAAGACAAGGAAGGUUUUCUGGCACAUCUGGAAAUAUUUGUGAUGAUUGCAAACACAUUUGUGCCUUAAAUCCAAAAAGAACUUAAUGUUUAAGGAAAGGACAUCAGGACUGCUGGACAGUUUAAUAGCUGCCACUGGAUAGUAUUUCUGGACUUGGAUGUGGACACCUGACCAUAACCUGGGUUGACAUCCCAGCUUCCACCCUUCUGGAAAGGCUUUCCACAAUAGUUGGAAUAGUGUGUCUGUGGGAAUUAGUGUCUUUUUAGUCAAAAGAGCUUUUGUAAUAUCAAAAGGUCUGGUUUGCAAUUAGUGUUCUAGUUAUUUCCAAAAGUGCUCAGUGGGGUUGAGGUUGGGGCUCUGUGCAAGCCACAGAAGUUCCUCCACUCCAAACUCCUCCAACUUUGUGGUUAUAAUCUUCUCCAUGUGCAUCAUUCUGGAACAGUAUAAUUGAUUUUAUAUACCUGUUUGCAAUGAUUUUGUCCAUAUAUUGUACAUAGCUAAGGGCAUUGCCAUAGCAACAUGGCUGCCUUAAAGUGUCAUUGACAAGCUGAAUAGAAGAUUCAGUGUUGGCAGUGACAAAGGCAGGAACAAUCUGAACAGAAGAUUCAGUUAGUGGUGGGACCAGAGGACACAUUGCUUUGUAAAACCAAACAUUAAGAGGAUUCUGAUCAACCAAAUAUGUAUAAAUUAAUACAUUUUUUAAAUACUGAUCCUUACAGACACACCAAACAUUCUUUAAUUAACCUGUUAUUUUCUUCCAUUUUUAUGUUUUACCACCUAUUUAUCCUGGUCAUGGUCGAGGUUAAUAAAGAAGGGCCACUUGCUAAAAUAAAAACAUGAUACUGCAGGAAUUCCCAGUGUUUAAAAAAAGGAGCCAGUGGUCCGGAGGUGGUGGAAAGCCAGCCUAUCAUAUUUUCACACUUUAGUUUGACACUGAGCAAGACCAGACCCCUCAUUUUGACUGCCAGAUCCAUUUAAGUAUAGUCUGGUUAUUUAUAUAUUUUAUUCUAGGUUACAGUACAUUCUGAAAAAAAUGAUAAACACAAGUUUAUUAAUUAUUUUGAUUAACAGGCACCCUGCUAAUAUGAUUAUGGAUGCAAUGUUUUAAUCUGACAUUGCAAUGCAAAAUCUCCACACUAAUAGUACAAUACUAUUACUUAUACUAUUACUAUAUGCAAAUUAGGAUGAAUGACAAACUUGAUUUAUGAUUAUUGGUACAGAGCUAAUUGUAAUUGCACAUAAUUAGAAUAUGACAAUAUACUCCCUUUUUUAAAGAACAUAGAAGACAAAAAAUUAUUACCAUUCUAGUAAUACCAUUCUUUCAGGUUAUUUUCAGCUUCCAUGGUCUUGGUUUUAUAAUUUUUACCAUAUCUGUAGAAUUAGGACUGGUCUUAUAGGGCUAAAAAUAAUUGCCUGAGGGCAUUGCAAACAUGACUUUUAAGUAACUUCUCUUUACUAAACAAACUUUGGUGCAGGUUAGCAUGAAUAGUGGUAUGCUGACAGUAAACCUUUGUAUGAUCUGUAUGUUUUUUGCUGGAUAAGAACUUUGUGAAGUCACACUAUGCUUAUGUUUUUAUACAAUGCACAAUUUUAUAAACUGUUUUUAAUGGUGAAGUUAUAAAUUGUACACAACCUUUAUUGCAUUUAAUCUCACUGUCUAGUCAUGUAUGAAACAGAGUGUUUCAGUUUAAACAAAGUAUGUCAGUGGUUGAGCCUGCUGUAAAUACUGCCCUUACCGCUAAUUAAACCUGAAG